AUGGCGAAGCCGAAGCUGCCAACGCUUAGACAGAAGCUGAAGCGGGUUACUGUGCUGCUGAUUCUCUUCAUUGUGGCCACGAAUGUUCUGACCCUCAGGUUCGACACCGCUGCCGAUGAUGUGGCGCCGGGGCCCAACAACCUCCGCCACUCGCGAGCCUCCGCAGUGGACGAUGCAGCACUGGCUUACAUCCCACGCCGUGUUGUGGAAAUGUGGAGCCGACGGGAGUAUCUGAUUGUGCUGGGCAUCCCGUCCACGGACGACGAGGCGAGGCGAACACGACGCAACCUGCAGCGGACGACGUGCUGGCGGUUCCCCGGAGUCGCGACGAGGGCGAACGACUUCACCGGAGCGAUGCUCGUGCUGUAUGUCCUUGGGCGACACCCGUCGCACGGCUACGAAUACUCUGCCGCGCUGCUGGAGGAGGCGUCGCAGUGGCACGAUGUGGUCGCGCUGCCAAUGAACGAGGGCCGCGUGACGACAAACAAAACAAUUUCUGGCGAAGGCUUCUGGGGCCUUGAGGCGGAUAUUGGUAUGAGCCGCAAGACGUACAUGUGGUUCGACCUUGCGCUCCGCCUGUUCCCGACCGCGAUUUACAUUGCGAAGGGCGAUGACGAUAUUUUUCUCCGUGUGCCGCUGUUCGUUGCCAUCCUGCGCCUCCUGCCACGCCGAGGGAUCUACAUGGGAAACCACAUCGGUACUACCCAUUUUGUGCAUAAGGGCUUACCAGGAUCCGCGUUUAUGAUGGGCUGGUGCUACACCUUGUCGAGGGAUGCGGCUGAGGCGUUGGCUUCGUACAAGCCGCUGCGGCGCCUGGCGUACCUGCCGUACAGCGAGGAGCUUGAUGACGAGUUUUCCCUACUCCGGUUUCAGCACGAAGACGUCAUGGUUGCUUGGGUUCUUGAGAGGGUAAUAAAGUACCAGCCGAUGGUAUACGUCAAGGUGCUGGGUUGUCACAUCCAUGACGCCCGCAAUGUCACGGGGCACUCGCAGGUGGUACCGACCUCGAUGUGUGUCCACCACUUGGCGGAGGACGACUACGCUGCACUGAUGGCGCGCUUCGGCAACGACACAUCGCCUGUCGCCCGUGUGGAACGUGUCUCAGAAGACGUGAUAUACCCGUCGUGCGAUUGA